UCUCCCGCUGUCACCUGAAUGCGCCGUUUCCACGGUAACAGACAACACCAAGACUACAGGGACGGCGACGACACUGAACAAUGUCUUCUCAAGGAUCUGUCAGCUGUCAGUCCAAAGAGGAACAGGACUUGUACGAAAUGAAAAAAGCAGCUGCUGAGUUUUACCGAGUGAACCGAGUCCCGCAGGAGAUAGAGAGAGCUCUGAGCCAACUGCUACUGCAGCAGCCCGAAGACCUGCACGGUUACCUGGCAGAUUACUUUAAAAACCUCUCUGCACCACCAAGGAUCAGCAGACUGAAGGGAAGGGAGGUUUAUGAUGCAAGCGGACAACUUUCCAUUGAAGCAAAGGUCUUCUGUAUCGUCUGCAACAACGAAAAGAGUAUGUCCUCAGCUGCUGUCUCCAGCCACUUUGCACCCACAGAGACUUCACUAGACUGGAAAGCUAAGAGUCAGGAGAGGGUCGAUCAUGUGAUGACUGCUGUCCAGUGGAUCAAUGAACCCCUGAACAGCAUGCUGAAGGACCAAAACCCCUGCGCCCAAUCAGAAAUUGACCAUAUGCUCAGCAGUUUCUUUAUGGCUCGCUACCUGGAAGAGAAGACCCGGAACAGGGAGAACAGUUGUUCACCCAGUGAGCCUGAGGUGGUGGCUCCUUCUCCAACACCAAUGCAGACUAAAGAUAAGAAGAGUGCUGAAAAAGAUAAGAAGAGUGCUGAAAAAGUCAAAAAGAGGAACAUCACAGAGAAGCCAUUUGUCCCAGCAGAACCGUCAGAACCAGUUCUACAUGGGAGCUUGGCCAUAGGCUCUCUGUCUCUGGCUGUGGUCAAAACUGGGGCACAAAUCCAGGGCAUCCCUCUCUACAAAUACAUAGCAGUUCUGACAGGCCGAGAGGUUCCAACGCAGUUUCACAUCCCUGUCUCCUUGGUAACAUUGCUGAGCUGUGGGAAGACUUCGCCAGGAAAACUGAAUUUACUGAAGGAAGUCAUCCUAAUCCCCAAAAUGGGACAACAAGUCAAACAAAUCAUCACAAUGACCCUUGAGUUACAGAAGGAGAUGAUGAGAAUAAUGAACUCUUCAACAAAAGCUGGGGCACUGCAGGCCAUUGCAUGCGACAGCGGAGCGCUGACUGUGAGCUAUGAGCGGCCCGAGCAGCCUCUGGACCUGAUCACUGAAGCCUGCCGUAAUCUUGAACUUACCCUGGGAACAGAUUUUCAUUUAGCAGUGAACUGUGCUGCUCCUGAACUAAUGGAUUAUACUAGAGGGAAAUAUGAGGUUGCAACAGGAGUUCUGAAGAGCCCAGAUGAGUUAGUGGACAUGUAUCAAACCCUCAUCUGUAAAUACCCUGCAAUGGUGGCUUUAAUCGAUCCAUUUAGGAGAGAGGACACAGACCAGUGGGAGAAGCUGAGUAAAGUGACUGGACACUCAUGUUUGUUGAUCUCUGACAUCACCUACAAGUCACAGGCCCCACCCCUUCCGGGAGUCAGAGGUCUUAUCUUAAAACAUGUCAAUGAGACAACAGUCAGUGACUUGAUCUGUAUCGCAUCAAAGCACAAAGGUUCAGUGCUGAUGGGAACAACGAGCAGUGAGCCCUGCAAUGAUGACUCUUUGUCCGAUAUCGCUGUAGGUCUAGGCCUGGACUAUGUCAUACUGGGAGGUCUGAGCGGUGCUCAGAGGAUGCUUAAAUACAACCGGCUGAUUUCUAUAGAAGAAGAACUGGCCCAACAGGGAAUCCUGGUCUCUAAAGAGAAGCACCCCCCUCCACUGCUUCAUGGAAAAACACAGGAGCAGAACAGAGAAAACAGUCUGAAGGAACACAGCUCGCAGCUUGUCUGAUUUGAACAAGCCUUCAAAUGUGUGUCAGUGCUACCACAUCAGAUUAAUCUAGUGUUACCAUUCUGUUUUAUUUUAUAACUGUGGUAAAAAAAAAAAAAAAAAAAUCAAUCUCAAGCUUUUCAGAGAGAGGCUAAGUGGCCAGACAUGACCUUCAGUAAAGCAGUUUUUAAACCACCCCAAACAUCUUGUCGCCACUUCAGGUAUAUAGAAGCCAUAUUAGCAGGUGCUCUGCCUCCUUCUACAAACACAGGUCUGCUUUCAGGUCACAUUCAAUCAUCUGCACAAAAUUCUCUCAACACAGCAGCACUCACAAGCCUUCAACAAUCACUAUGUGGUGAACAGACGAGAUGCACUGGUGGAGGUCAGUGUUCUAUGUGACAACAAUAUAUGAAUACCGUUUGUAUCUUAUUUACACAUUUCAGUCAAAAAAAAGACAUUCAGUUUCUAACAGGUUCAAAUGUGUAUCGUCAAAUUAUCGAGUAUACUUAUUUUUUCACAUUUAAUUCACAUCGUACUGACGGGUCUGCCCUUGGCCUUCUUUGUAAUCACUGAGAAAAUCCUCUGAAACUACAUCUAGGUUAGUGAUUUCCACCUGAAGACAAAGCCAUGCCAACACUGGACCCUUUCUCACACUUCAUCAGAAAUGUGUUUUCUACUUCGCUGUUCUGUCAUGUAUUUCACAGAGGAGCAAGCACUAUUAUCUUACAACACCAAUUUGCUGUUCUGACCCCGACUUGACUGGACUCAUCUAGAAUACGAGGCAGUAAAAAAUUCCAUUGAAUACAAAAAUAUAUUAGCUCUAAAAGACACCCAUCACACUCAUUCAUCAUUUUCAAGAAGAACUGGAAGACAUUAGACCAUUGUGGAAAUGCUGCACCUAAGCCUGAAAUUAUCCCCGGAUUUAUAAUGAUUCUGCCUUUGAACAAUGGGUUUCUUCUUGCCGGAAACCACAUAAACAAGUGACAAAAGACAAUCCUACUAAAAAUGUAAUGUUCAAAAUGAUUCAUACUUUCUCAGCAAUCCAUGACGAAGCCUUUAUUUUCCACCACAUCAAUCAAACAGUUCCUAUAAUUGCUAACAGUCUUCCUGCAUGUCUCCACUGGGAUUUGGUUCUGCUAGUCGUUGUGAGGCUCUCCAUGUCCAUGAAGUUGUUGGUUCUUGAUGGGAUUCAGACCUGGACUCUUGUACUUUAGUGUCUUUCCUCGUCUUGUGUGCAGCCAUAGCGUCUUUGUCAGUGAUGGAUCCUAACAGCAGAUUGAAUUUGACUAGGAAAUGACUCGACAACUACUACAUCAGCUGUUCUAACAGAAUGCUAGAAAUGAGCAAGACCAGCAUGUUGCAUAUUCACAAAAAUCUGACACAAUUUCAAGUGGUCUGUAUAUUUUUGUUAAUUUAUUUAACAUUUCUGACACAAUAUCUUCCUUUUUUUGUCACUUGGUUAUGUGAUUUUGAGCCAGAAGAAAUCAAAUAAAAUCAAAGAAGGUGAAAUAAAUCUUCUCUAUAAAUCAAAAUUUAGCACAGGUAGAAAUAAUUUGGGGAACAAUUCAAACAUUAUAUUAGCAUAUUAGAGUGUGACAGAAUUCAAAUCGUUUUUAAGUCAUUGUGCUCAUUUGGCCAGUGGAAGCUGUGCUUUAAUAAAACAGGCUAUGAAAGGGCUGUAAGAAGCCGUGGGAGGAUAAAUGCCAGCGAACACACCCACCCACACACAGCUGUGACAGUGUUGUCCAACAAAGCCUGUCUCCUGUCUGUGCGGAAUGCGUGAGGAAAAGGCCCCUUCAUAACUGGUCAGCACCUUUGCUGACCCCUCUUGUAGCUCCUCAGUUUGUGGAGGAAGUGAUUCUGUCAGUGUGGAACAACAGGAAAAGAGAGGCCGGCAGCAGCAUCUCCCUGUCCUGUAGCACUGAAAAAAAAAAGGCUGCCUGUAUACAGGCGGGGAAGUGGAGGCGCUUCACGAGUGCUUUGUGUAGCAGACGUACAGCUGCAUCUGUGGGCCUGUCAAGCGAGUUUUCCCUAAUUCAAAGCUCUUUGCUGUGAAACAGACAACAGACCCUGCUCACACUGCAACUGUCCUGUUGAACUUUUUAAGGUUGCAAAUGAAAAUGUAGACCGAAUUACACUUACAGGAGGAUUAAUUCAGUCAAAACAGAAAACAAGAAUGGAUUAACAACUAGGGAAAAUGGGCAACUGACUCCCCACAGACUCCAACAGCCCAUAAUAUUUUUACUGCGUAACGGAAUUAAUCACAAAUUUUCCAUCUUAUGGUCCUGGACUUAUGGUGGAGUAAUAACAACCAGUUUUAAGAUCAUUUUUAAUAUUUUUCUGCAGCUAACAUAAUGAAACGUGAUUGAAUAGUGGGUUCAGAAGGGCCCAAACAGUUUGUCUGUUACAUGUGGCCCCACUGCGGGUACUUUUCAGGUGCGUUGUUAAACAUUUAUUUAGUUUUUCUUUUGAACAACAAUUCAACUAAACUCAUUAUAGUUUAUAUGUUCCUUUUAUUUUUUAGAUGACUUAUAAGUUACAGCAGCUCCAAAUUUAAUGUGUGUUUUAAUGCCCGGCAAAUAAAUGAAAUGACAAAUGUC